AUGGCUAACGAAGCUAAUCCUUGCCCAUCUGACAUUGGUGACAAGAUAGAGUAUGGGGGCAUGGGCCAGGAGGUUCAGAUUGAGCACAUCAAGACCUAUGUCACCCGGUCCUCCAUGGAUACAGGCAAAGCUGUGAUUGUCGUUCAAGACAUAUUUGGUUGGCAGAUGCCUAACACCAGGUAUAUGGCUGACGUGAUCGCUGGAAAUGGACACACAACCAUCGUCCCAGAAUUCUUUGUGGGAGAAGAGCCCUGGGACCCUGCUUGGGACAAAUCCACCUUCCCUGAGCGUUUUAACACAGAAAACCUUUCUUCCUGUCCUAGAGAGGUGGAUGCUGUCUUGAGGUAUCUGAAACGGCAGUGUCAUGCCCAGAAAAUUGGCAUCGUGGGCUUCUGCUGGGGGGGAAUUGCUGUGCACCAUGUGAUGACGACAUACCCGGAAGUCAAGGCAGGGGUGUCUGUCUAUGGCAUCAUCAAAGAGUCUGAAGAUGUUUAUAAUCUGAAGAACCCUACAUUGUUCAUUUUCGCUGAAAAUGAUGCUGUGAUUCCCCUUGAGUCUCAAUCUCAUGGCUUUGUGCAUCGCAAGAGAGAAGACUGCUCACCUGCUGACAAGCCUUUUAUUGAGGAGGUGAGGAGGAAUUUAAUCGAGUGGCUGGACAAGUACAUCUAA